AUAAACACGCGGGGUUCACAGGCUUUGAUCGUCCUCCUUCACCGUGGGAACAUUUUGGUAAUGUUGAAGUACAGUCCUGUGACCUCUGCUUGAACUUGUGCGGGUCGCACCGGGGUCCAAACAGCCUCAGAAACGCGGUGAGUUGAAAGCAGGCGAUGCGCUCUGUACCUGUGGGAGGCGUGCGCACACCUGCGGACACGGUCACAGAGAUCAUCCGCAGCAUUUCUGCCCCCAGCAGGACGCACCAGGACGGCUCGCACACACACACCUGAGCCAUGGAAGCAGAGGACAAACCCUCCGCCGAGCAGGGAGCGCGCCUGCUGGACAUCAGCUCCAACUCCAGCGGGUCCACGCGCGGCGAUGGCGCACAGCCGCCGAAGCCGCCCUACUCCUACGUGGCUCUGAUCGCCAUGGCCAUCAAGAGCAGCUGCAACAACAGGGAAACUCUGAGCGGGAUCUACGACUACAUCACCGCCAACUUCCCCUACUACCUAGACAACCAGAAGGGCUGGAAGAACAGCAUCCGGCACAAUUUAAGUCUGAACGAGUGCUUCGUCAAAGUGCCCAGAGAAGCCGGAGGGGACCGAAAGGGCAGCUACUGGAUGUUGGACCCCGCGUUUGAGGACAUGUUUGAGAAGGGGAACUACCGACGGCGGAAGAGAGUGCGGAGACUCUGCAGCUCCACCAGUGCGCUUCACCUGUCCGGCUACCAGGUGGACCACCUGCCGGACAAACCGUACGCGCAGCCGUACGUCAGCGGCUCGUGGAGCUACGCCGCGCCGCAGCUGAUCGGAGGACACCCCCCGGGGAGCUCCUAUUACCCCGCAUGCCACCUCCACCACCACCCGGCCUACAGCCGCCAGCCGCCCGUGCUGGUUCCUUACAGCGGGUGUCCGUACGGCGGCGUGAGCCAGCCGCUCAGCCCGGACGGAGGCACCGCGUCUGUGGCCUGCAGCUACCCGCAGCUCAGCUCCAACAUCCGGCAGCCGGAGGCUCAGUUUUCCGCCGAUACAUUCAGUCACUGAAGGCGUUUCUCUUCUUUUAGUUCAAAGAGUGAAAGUUCAACAGCUUGAUAAGUGACUUAUGUUAUAUUAUUAUUUUUGGACAUGUUUAAGGCUCCGGUUCAAAGUGCCAAGAAACUUCCGUCAGUAUACUCGAUGCACUUAGCUUCAGAUUUUUAUUUUAUUUUAUUUUUUGUUCCCUUUUUUGUUUUGCACAAAUUCAGUAUGAAUUUUUAAAAUCUUUUUUCUUAUCUUUUCUCUUUCAUUUUUCCUGUUGCCACUUUUUUUUUUAUUAGAAAACGAGUUUGAAAAAAAAGAAAAAUGAAAACUUUAUCUUGUUUUUGAACACAUUUGAAAUUGUAUUUAUUUUCUGUAUCAUCUUCUGAGCUGCUAUGCAACAGUUUCUGACAGUAUGGCACUGAUCAAUUUUAUCAUUCAGUUCUGAAUGUCGACUUGAUUAUGUUUGUUAAAAUAAAUUGCUGUUUUUUGAAUUGUA